AUGCUAUCAGACUACCCAGACAGUAAAGAUGAUAUCGUCGAACCACCUGGUCAAAUCAAUAAAUUCUCAGAAACCGAAUUCUACCGAGAACGUGCGAGAAGGACCGAGCAACUUCACCGGGAUCAACGAGAAAAACUUUUGAAUAGCUUUGCAGAAGAACGACGAUCACAUCGAUUAGAGUUCUUUCGGAUGAUUGAUCAUGAUUAUUUAGCGGAUGUAAGAGAGGGAAUUAAUCCACUUCGUACGAUGGAUUUAUGCCCAUCAGUAUCAAUGAUUCUUUAUGGUAGCAAUAAAUCAGAUAAUGGAUCGAUGGAAAACGUUCAAGAAGUUGAAGACGGAUUGAAUAAUGCAAUCGCAAGAUUAUUGAUAUCUGGUGAAGAUCGAGCACGCUUAACUAUUCAAGAUAUAUUGCGGCAACUCGCCAAACUAAAAGAUUUAAGAAAAUAUCAAAAUCAAGUCAUGAAUAAUUUGCGUAGUCAUAUUAAAGAUGAUGUUACAACUCCCAAAAAGGCACAGCAUUCAACACCUAUUAGUGUCUCAGCAGAUAAUACACAAAAUAUGCAAUCAGCGCCAACACCUAGUGUCAAUACAACAACUCCCAGUACAUCUAAUCCACCUGUUGCAUGUCCAAUGAAUCAUCCACCUCCUGAUAUUGCUGAAUUUUGGAAUGCGUUUGUGAGUCAUCUUCAACCUGGUACCAGCCAACAACAGGCCGCUGCUUUAUUAAGCAUAAUUGCAACUAUGGCGAAUAAUCAACAAG